AUGACUUCUUUAGCUGUUUUACCACUGUUGAAGAGGACUAUGACUGACAUGAUGGAUGAAGAGUUGUAUCAAAUACCAUCAUCACCCAUCUUUACCACCACUUCCAACAACAACAACAAUAAACACGAUGGUUCCGAUAACUUCAACGAUGGCUUUAAUCUUAAUAAUACUACCAACUACAACCAUGCGUCCAAUAGAAACUCAGUCAACUCAUCACCUAGCUUCCCCUUUGCUCAGUUAAAUAAUGCCACUAGGGACUCGUUUUACAAUGGAACUGCUAAUCAGAACAAUUCUAACAACAAUUUGGGUAAUAUGCUUAAUAUUCCUGACUCAUUUCUUGAACAAAUAACGUCGAAGGAAGGUAUUGACCAGUUUAAGCAACAGCAACAGCAACAGCAACAGCAACAGCAACAGCAACAGCAACAGCAACAGCAACAGCAACAGCAACAGCACCAGCAACAGCAACAGCACCACAACCAACAGACACUAAUACCGGAAUCGGAAUAUCCGCAAGAUUCACAACCUACUUACGUCAACCCUUUCACCAACUAUGCUAAUCCAAACUCAUUCAUUAGACCCUCACAAGCAUUUUCUCAGCAAACACUACCAUACAGGUCACAGAGUCCAGCAUUGGACAGUAAUCAAUACCCUCAACCACCUCCUUUACCUCAAGCUUUCCCACAAAGAAGAAGAAAGAGAAUUACUACUAUUGAUGACUUGGAGCCAACGACUAAUAAGAAGAAGGGAGUAGAUGAGGAUUAUUUGUUGUAUAAUCCUGAUAUCUCACCAGGACAAGUUAUUCAUGCAUCUGAAUUGGAUGAAUCAUUUUAUGUUCCACCCAGUAACAAUAAUGACAUAAUAAAUGCCAAUUCUAUUGAGGAGUUUGAAAACGAUAUCAUACCAGGAUAUGAAAACGAUUAUUUGUACUUGGAUGAUGAACACGAAGAGAUUGAGGAAGAUUUAUCUGAUGAUGACGGAGAUGAGGAUAAUUAUUUCCAUGUUGAUGAAGAAUUUGAUGAUUACAUUAUGAGCAAUUCUGGCUAUAACAUCAUCAAUAACCAUUCUAAUGAAUAUUCUACAUUUGAUGCAUUCAAGAAUAUAUCUUUGGAGGAUCACCAUAGUCAUCAGCAACAGCAAGAGCAAGAACAACAGCAGAAGCAUCAACAUGAACAAGGGCUGCAGGAGCAACAACAACUACAUCUUGAAGAAGAACAUGACGAAGAGCACCAUGACUUGGGUAAUCCUGCAUUACAAGAAUUACAUGAUGAGGCCGUUAUCAAGAAUGAAGAAGACUUUGACUCACAACCUGUUGUUUCUGAAGUUUCACCGUUAUCAAUUGUAUCGUCGUCAUCAGGAUCUACUCCUCACACUGACCAUUCAACAAGUAAUGUGGAAGCGAUACAUAUCAAGCAGGAACCAGAGGACAGGGCCAAUUUUAAUCUGACAUUGGAUGAUGACGAGGACGCCAUGAUGAUUGAUGAUUCUGAUGAUGAAGGUAUGGCUAGACAUGGAUCUGAUAGUGUUUCCAUCGUCAAAGCUAAGAACAAGACUUUGGACGAGGAACAUCCAUAUAAGCUAGGUGCUGAAAUAUCGGCCACCAAUCCCGAUCACCGAUGCGAGUUAAUCAAUCCAAACACAGGAAAGGUUUGUAACAAGGAGUUUUCUCGUCCAUAUGAUUUGAUUAGACACCAAAACACCAUACAUGCGUCCAUGAAGAAGAUUUACCGUUGUGUGAUAUGUGAAGGAAGAUAUAAAGGUGGAUUGGGCAAUGGUAAACAAAAGACAUUUUCAAGAAAUGAUGCAUUAUCAAGGCAUAUCAAGAUUAAGCAUGGAAUUGUUGGUGACGAAGCAUUGGAAUUGAUUAAUGAAGCAAAAGAAAAUGUCGAAUAUCAUCCAGUUACAGUUGCAGCCGGUGCAUGA